AUGGGAGAGGUCUAUCCAACAGAAGAAAUUCUCGGCGAUCAUAUCUACAGCCAAGUCAGUGAAUUGACUGACACGAAUGUUGAAAAGAUAACGGGCAUGUUGUUGGAAUGUGAACGCCCCAAAAUUCUAGAAAUGUUGCAGAAUAGACAAGUUUUAAUGUCGUAUGUCAAAGUUGCAGAAAAGACAAUUUCAAAAAACAGCACCAAAGAAUCCAAACAGCCUGAAGUUUCUAUAUUAAACAAAGAUCAAGAAUGUGAUAAAGAUGUUCUAGGAGAGAAAUUGUAUGAUAAAAUACUAGAACUGGUAGAUUCUGAAUUAUUGGCUGCAAAAAUAACAGGCAAAGUAGCGAUUACUAGUUGUUUAAUAAGAGUACUGGUUUUAAGUUUCAAACACAACUCUCAUGUAACUGAGUUGCGAGUUGCAGUACUUCAUUAUUCGCAACCAUUCACAACUGGUGAUCGCUAUGGCAUGCUAUUGGAGCUGGAUAGUGAUAAAUUAUCAAAAUUAUUAAAAUCGACAACAGAUUUAAAACAAGCGAUAGAGAAAUCUAGAACUGUUUUAGAGACAGAGAGGACUGAAGAGUUAUCUCCCACAGAAAUCAUGGCAGAGAUAAUAUAUUCUAGAGUUGAGAUAAAAUACCCGGAUUUAGCUCCUCAAAUUACAGGCAUGUUAAUAGAACUUGAAGAUAAUGUCUUAGAAAAAUUAGUCAACUCUGAACAGCUGUUAGAUUCCAGAAUUGAGGAAGCCUUUUCAGCUUUACAGCAAAAUUCAUCCUAG